GUCACCCCUUCCUCUACACAGCACUCACUGCAGCCUGUGAAACGCUUUUCUAAAUCUAUUGUUGAGUUACAGUGAAGAAGCUGCCAAGUUAUGGUUUUAUUGUUCUAACAAAAGAAAAAAUAUUUAAUUAUGAAUCACUUGGAAUCAUUUGGAAUCUCUUUACCACCAGCGAUGGCAGGAAACUGCAACUAAGGCUUAUCUGUUACAUCUUUAUUCCGCUGAACUGAGGGAGCUACAGAAAUUCAAGACAAAAGGUGUUUUUGAUUUUGGAGUUUGGUUAGCUCUCAUCUGUUUUGCAACCUGAAGACAUGUGUGACCAGUGAACAGGAUAUGCACUGCCCUGUAAUGUACAUUCCACAGGGGGUUUAUAGGGACAUGACGGUGGACUUAAAAUGUCUCAGCCUGGGGAUUUAAAAAAGUGAUGUGACCAUCUCCAUGGAGCGCAGUACUGACGGGCUGGCAGUGGCAGAUGCCGCGCCCAACGCUACAGAGCAACCACCCCUCAACUCCACCUGGUCAUCGCAAGACCCCACCGCCACUCUCACCAUCAGCACCCUCCUCUCCAUCAUGUGCCUGAUCGGUGUGUCUGGUAACAUCUACACGCUGGUCAUCAUGUACAACUCUAUGAGGUCCUCCGCCUCCAUGUACAUCUACAUCCUCAACCUGGCCAUGGCCGACCUGCUGUACCUCCUCACCAUCCCCUUCGUGGUCUGCACCCACUUCCUGCAGGGCUGGCAUUUUGGCGCCGUGGGCUGCCACGUCCUGAUCAGCCUGGACUUCCUCACCAUGCACGCUAGCAUAUUCACACUGACGGCCAUGAGCACCGAGCGCUACCUGGCCGUGCUCAAGCCCUUCGAUACGGUCAAGCGCUCCAAGAGCUAUCGCAAGGCCAUCGCCGUGCUGGUGUGGGCCGCCUCUCUGAUACUCACCUUGCCCAUGAUGAUCGAGAUCAAGUUGAUGGCAGUGGGCUCCAAGCGAAUGUGCCAGACAACACUAGAUCCUCUGUCCUAUAAAAUCUACAUCUCCAUUUUGUUUUGCAGUAGUAUAGUGGCUCCGGGGGUGAUCAUCGGCUACCUGUACGUUCGACUCGCUCGUAAAUACUGGAUCUCCCAGACGGAGGCCUUCAAACAGACCAAGCGGCUGCCCAACCAGAAGGUGCUGUACCUCAUCCUCACCAUCGUGCUGCUCUUCUGGGCGUGCUUCCUGCCCUUCUGGGUCUGGCAGCUCCUAGGAGAGUUCUACCCAGACAUGGAUCUCUCCACAACCACUAAGAGGGUCAUCAACUACGUGACCACCUGCCUGACCUACAGCAACAGCUGCAUAAACCCUUUCCUCUACACGCUGCUCACUAAGAACUACAAGGACUAUCUCCAUAAGCGGCACAGGACUUGGAGUGCCAGCCCCUACUUUAGUCAUCGCGGCUGCUUCCAGCGCCCCCCUCGGCCUCGUCGCUCCCUUUCCACCAGCAGCCAUCAAGGCACUGAGAGCUUUGCACUGGCAAGCACCUCCUCACGCACCCACACUAACAACGAGUUAUAAGGUACUGCAGGUUUCACAUCUGUUAUCUGCAUAUUGGCCACUGAUAACUCCUUUAUGGUCAACUGAAAUACAGGACAAGAGCUGAAACUCCUACAGUAUGGCCACUGAUAACUCCUUUAUGGUCAACUGAAAUACAGGACAAGAGCUGACACUCCUACAGUAUGCACAGACACUUUCCUGGAGCUGGUGAAGUGCAGUCAUCAGUAAUCCGAGGGAAACGAGAAGGAUCACAGCACUCUGGUGCACUUAACUUUGCUGCUUCUUGAACAGCACGUUUCGCUUGAGCUUUCUUCAGGUUCACUUUGACAUUCGCAUACCUCCCACAGGUCUGUGUGGGGUCUUGUGGGAGGUACUAUAUGCAAGUCUGGGUGGGAGGUACUGUGUGUGAAUGUCAAAGUGAACCUGAAGAAGC